AUGGUAGCCGUGAUCGACGACUUUAGCCAUCGCAAGUUUUGUACAAUUCGGGAAUUCGCUCACCUCAUCGGGAAGUUAGUCGACUGUUGUCGCGCAAUUGAGUAUGGAUGGUUAUACACCAAGAGAUUCGAACGAGAAAAGUUCUUCGCCUUGUUAGUCAGCGGGGGGGAUUACGAUGCACAGCUCGAAUUAUCCGCAGAUUUGCAGAUCGAAUUCGAUUGGUGGAAACAAAAUAUUACAACGUCAUUUGGUCCGAUAAGAAGUUUUCGAUUUAUUAAGGAGAUUUACUCGGACGCGUCAAAAGCGGGCUGGGGCGCGUAUUGUUGUAAUGAAGGCACACACGGUUUUUGGAGUGACACCGAAAGGGGGCUGCACAUUAACCAACUCGAACUAAUUGCCGUCUUUAUGGCCCUUAAAUGUUUUGCAAGCGAAUUGUACGAUUGCGAAAUUUUACUAAGAAUCGAUAAUACGACAGCUAUUGCAUAUGUGAAUCGAAUGGGAGGAGUUCAAUAUGCCGCACUUCACGGGAUAGCAAAAGAGAUUUGGCAAUGGUGCGAGUGUAGGAAAAUUUGGAUUUUCGCAUCUUACAUAGCGUCCAAGGGAAACGUCGAGGCCGAUAGGGAGUCGAGGAUAAAGAAUAUAGACACGGAAUGGGAACUGUCGAGCUGGGCAUACGAGAAAGUAAUUUCGGAAUUUGGCAAACCAAAAUUGGACCUGUUUGCAUCCAGGAUUAACGCGAAAUGUCAAGCUUAUUGUUCGUGGCACAGAGAUCCUGAUGCCUUAGCUAUUGACGCGUUCACGAUCAACUGGAAAUCGGAGUAUUUUUAUGCAUUUCCACCGUUCGCAUUGGUACUCAGGUUCCUUCGAAAAGUUAUCGCAGAUCGCGCCUGUGGGAUUGCGAUAGUGCCGAAUUGGCCUUCGCAACCAUGGUUCCCUAUAUUUAUGGACCUUCUCGUAGAGAAACCGAUGAUCUUCGCUCCCGCUAAAUGGCUUUUAUUGUCUCCUUGUAGGUCUCUCCAGCAUCCAUUACAGAAAUCACUGGCUUUGAUUGCCAGGAAAUUGUCGGCGAAUCUUACCGCCGCAAGAAAUUCUCGGACUCAGUGA